CCUCUUCUUCUCUUUUCCUCACUCUCACUCUCACUCGAAGAAGAAAGAGAUGGAAAGAAGGGCGAAACAGAAGGAGGACUUGACCUCCCUUCUUCGCAAAUCAUGGUACCAUCUCAGGUUAUCUGUCCGUCACCCAUCUAGGGUUCCGACAUGGGAUGCCAUCGUCCUCACCGCCGCUAGCCCCGAUCAAGCUCACCUCUACACCUGGCAGCUCAACCGGGCCAAGCGCUUGGGUCGGAUCGCCCCAUCCACUGUCACCCUCGCCGUCCCCGACCCUCUUGGUUGCCGCAUCGGCUCCGGCGCUGCCACCCUCAAUGCCAUUCACGCCCUCGCUCUCCAUUACCACACCACCACCCAGGUGUCAACUACCAAUGGCACUGAUGAUUCUCUUCUUCUCCCAAUGGCUACCUUGCUGGCCAAUAAGCAUAUACUAUUGCUCCAUGCUGGAGGUGAUUCUAAAAGAGUGCCUUGGGCUAAUCCUAUGGGGAAAGUGUUUCUUCCUCUUCCCUACUUGGCAUCAGAUGAGCCUGAUGGCCCAGUUCCCCUGCUCUUUGAUCACAUACUUGCCAUUGCUUCUUGUGCAAGACAAGCUUUUGGGGAUCAAGGUGGAAUGUUGACCAUGACUGGUGAUGUUCUUCCAUGUUUUGACGCCUCUGUGAUGAUUCUUCCUAAUGACACUUCGUGCAUCAUCACCGUUCCGAUCACCCUUGAUGUUGCUUCAAACCAUGGAGUUAUUGUUGCAGCUGAAACUGAACGUUCAACUAAGAGUUAUGCAGUCAGUUUAGUAGAUAAUCUCCUCCAGAAACCUACUUUAGAAGAGCUAGUUGAAAAUAAGGCUGUUCUAGCUGAUGGUAGAACACUUCUUGAUACCGGAAUAAUAGCAGUUAGAGGUAAGGCAUGGUUGGAGCUUGUUACACUUGCAUGUUCCUGUCAGCCAAUGAUUUCAGAGCUCCUAGAAAGCAAAAAGGAGAUGAGUUUAUAUGAAGAUCUGGUUGCUGCCUGGGUACCUGCAAAGCAUGAAUGGUUGAGAAAGCGCCCUUUGGGUGAAGAACUAGUUAAUAAAUUGGGAAAGCAUAAGAUGUUCAGCUACUGUGCCUAUGAUUUGUUGUUCUUGCAUUUUGGGACCUCAAGUGAAGUACUAGAUCACCUCAGUGGCGCGGGUUCAGAAUUGGUUGGUAGAAGACACAUGUGUUCUAUUCCAGCUACCACUGCAUCUGACAUUACAGCAUCUGCUAUUAUUCUUUCUAGUGAAAUUGCACCUGGUGUCUCAAUUGGGGAAGAUUCUCUCAUAUAUGAUUCGUCUAUUUCUGCUGGAAUACAUAUUGGCUCCCUGUGUAUAGUGGUCGGAGUCAACAUCUCUCUAGAUGACUAUAUAUGCACUGAAGAUUCAAUCAAGUUUAUGCUUCCAGAUCGCCAUUGUCUUUGGGAGGUUCCCUUGGUUGGAAGUAGUGAGCGAGUUCUUGUAUAUUCUGGUCUUCAUGAUAACCCCAAAAGUUCUCUUUCUAAAGAUGGUACGUUUUGUGGGAAACCCUGGAAGAAAGUUUUGAAUGACUUGGGCAUUCAAGAAAGUGACUUGUGGGGGUCCUCAGGCACCCAUGAAAAGUGUUUAUGGAAUUCAAGAAUCUUCCCCAUACUUCCUUAUGCUCAAAUGCUUAAGGUUGCAAUGUGGCUGGUGGGCUUAGCUAAACAUAAAAGUGAAUACUUUUCUUUGUGGAUAUCUGCCCCGCGCAUCAGUCUGGAGGAAUUGCAUAGAUCAAUUGAUUUCUCCACAAUGUGCAUAGGUUCACGUAAUCAUCAAGCUGAUCUCGCAGCAGGAAUUGCAAAAGCAUGCAUUAGGUAUGGAAUGCUGGGGCGCAAUUUGUCUCAACUAUGUGAAGAAAUUCUUCAAAAGGAGGGUUCUGGAGUUGAAAUAUGUAAGGAUUUCCUAGCUAUGUGUCCAAAAGUUCAGGAGGAAAACUCUAAUAUACUUCCCGAGAGCAGAGCAUACCAGGUGCAAGUUGAUCUUCUUCGAGCUUGCAAUGACGAAGCGACAGCAUGCGAGUUGGAGCACAAAGUUUGGGCUGCGGUGGCUGAUGAAACUGCUUCAGCAGUAAGAUAUGGCUUUAAAGAACAUUUAUCAGAGUCUCCUGGUAGCCUCUCAUGUCAGGAGUACCAAAGUAACCGUCAUGAUGGGCGCACUCGUCAACCUCUCCAUCCUAAAAGAGUAAAAGUAGAAUUACCAGUUCGCGUAGAUUUUGUUGGUGGUUGGAGUGAUACCCCUCCAUGGAGCAUUGAACGUGCUGGGUGUGUUCUCAACAUGGCAAUAAGCUUGGAAGGUUCUCUUCCAAUUGGCACCAUCAUAGAGACGGCUGAAACAACAGGAGUAUUAAUUACUGAUGACACAGACAACCAUUUAUACAUUGAAGAUUAUAAAUCUAUAUGUACACCAUUCAAUGGCGAUGAUCUAUUUCGGCUUGUCAAAUCCGCAUUACUUGUGACUGGCAUUAUUCAUGAUAACAUCCUUGCAGAUAUGGGCAUGCACAUUAAGACAUGGGCUAAUGUUCCCCGUGGUAGUGGAUUGGGUACUUCUAGUAUUUUAGCUGCAGCUGUGGUGAAAGGGCUUCUUCAGAUAAUUGAUGGAGAUGACAGCACUGAGAAUGUUGCGAGACUUGUUUUGGUGUUAGAACAACUCAUGGGGACAGGAGGUGGCUGGCAAGACCAAAUUGGGGGUUUGUAUCCAGGGAUUAAAUGUACUUCAAGCUUUCCUGGAAUUCCAUUGCGGCUUCAAGUGGUCCCCCUGUUGGCUUCACCAGAGUUGAUUUCUGAAUUGCAGCAACGGCUUCUUGUGGUAUUUACCGGUCAAGUUCGGCUUGCAAAGAAGGUGCUGCAAAAGGUGGUAACUAGAUAUAUUCGGCGGGAUAAUCUUUUGGUAUCAAGUAUCAAGCGCCUUGUUGAGCUGGCAAAGAUUGGGAGAGAAGCUUUGAUGAACUGUGAGAUUGAUGAAUUUGGGGAGAUAAUGUUGGAAGCUUGGAGAUUGCAUCAGGAACUUGACCCUUUCUGCAGUAAUGAGUCUGUUGACAGGCUAUUUUCUUUUGCUAGUCCCUACUGCUGUGGUUACAAACUGGUUGGUGCUGGUGGCGGAGGCUUUGCCCUCUUACUUGCCAGAGACAAACAGCGAGCCAAGGAACUCAGACAGAGGCUACAAGAUGAGAAACAUCUUGAAGUCAAAAUCUAUGAUUGGCAUAUAUCUCUAUAAUAUGUAAUGUAAUGUUAGAUCUUCAGUUGUAUUGUUGUUAACAAAAUUUAUUUUACUAUUCUUUAUUUGUAUAAAAGGAAAAAUGUUUAUUCA